UUUCAGGUAGAGCUGCAUGUUCAUCUUGAUGGAGCCAUUAGGAUACAGACCAUAAUCGAUUUGGCAAAGUAAUGCACUUAUGGUCACCCUUGCAGAGGUCCUUGCUUGGGCACAGUUUGCCUGCUAGGGGACUGGCUAUUUACAGAAUAAUAUAAUUGCUCUGAUGAUUAUAGAAAUGCGUGUGCUUUGAUUGGUAAAAGAUUGCAUAAUAUCUUGCUAUAAUCACUUAGCACAAGGUGGUUGUAACUGAAGCACUCAAUUUCAAAAUGGUUGCCUAGUAUUUUGUCAAUAUUACUAAGGAAGUGAUAAACACAAUAUCAGAAAAUACAAUUCUGAAGGCGCAAAACAUGCUGCUAAGUUUGGCGUAACCCUUUGAAAAAAAAAGAUAUGAAGUUUUUGCUGAAGGGGGGAGGGGUGGCCUGAUGUCAUAGGGUAUUUGAAGGUUUGCUUUUCACAAGACAUGGCUAGAUUUAUUUGUGGCAAUUCACAGUUAGGAGUGAAAAGAUUAAUGGGAAAGUAUUAGAUCCACAAGUGAAUAUUUUACUUAUUUGGUUGUAAUUACAGGAAGAAGCAAUAUCAGCUACCUUCUUUUGAUGAGAGUUGUUUAAAGGACUAUGUGUCCAUUAGUCUAAAUAAACCAUCAACUUUGGCAGGUUUUUUGGAAUGUUUCAAAAUUUUUUACCCUCUUAUUCGGUGAGUACCACAAACUCAACCCACCAUUACCAGAACUUAACUUUAAACUUUGAUCAUUUUUACACACCCCCACCAAUUGUUAAACCAGCCACUGGAUGUAUGGCUGAAGGUCCCAUUCAUAAGGGAAGUUUGGAGGCAUGCUUUGCCCUUCCCCCACCCCUAGGAAAUGUUGAGAACUUUAAGUGUCUCAGGUGCAUCUUCAGUAAUCUUACCCAAAAAACUCAUGAAUUACACAACUCAGAAUGUAGUCGCUACAAAGUACAAUUUCCAAACUGCUCAUGCCAAUUUCUCAAGUUCAUAUUCCAUGUGUAGCCACAAACAAGUGCUCUCUGGUGGAACCAAUUCUUGUUGGCAAGACUCGCCUGUCCUCUCCAUGAUAUGGGUUUUGCAUGUCAUGCUUUAAAUGCUUAUACUAGACUACUAUGAAAUCAAUGACUGCAUUCUAUUUAUAAUGAUAAUAAGACCAAGUGUAGUCCAGUUGGGUCUGUAAUCAUAUGAGUGAUUAACAAAAUCAGAUAACUGCGAAGCGGGAAUCUGAUUUGUUAAUCACUCAUAUGAUCACAGAUGGAAUUGGAUGACAAGAAGUCCUGUUACCAAUUAAUCAUAACCAUUUCAAUUUCUGAAAAAACAAAUACACCUAGAACAAAUAUCUCCAGUGGAGACUAUGUCUUCAGGUAAGAAUUCCUCCAUUUUGGAAAUUCCCCAGUUUUUCUUUGGAUUAGUAGUUGUUGCUAUGGUUAUUUUGAUCAUUUUUGUGAUUGGUGGAUUAGCUGAGUGGACUUGAGUAUGAUUGGCUGCUUCAACUUCCGAUUACAGGGGUGCAAUUAAAGCCAACUGUUCAAUUACACUGUCCCAUCACAACUGUACAGAAUGAUUGGUAAAAAAUGAAGCUGUGAAUGCACCGAUAAUAUUUGAGGAGUUUGUAAUGGUUAUGAUUAAAGUGUGGACAGCACUGAUUAGGUAAUCACAUCAGUUAACCCUUUCACUCCCAAGAUCUCAUUAAUAAUUCUCCUCACUGUCUGCCAUAGAAUUCUUAUGAGGUUGGUCUGGAGAGUCUGGUAUUGGAUCUACUAAUAACCCCUGAUUGAUAUUUUUCUCAAUUCUCAUCACUCUCCGGCUUGAUAUUGUGUUGAUUUUGUACAGAGAAAUUCUGUCUUGGUCACUCGUGGAAGUUGAAGGGUUAACUGACUGAGUUCAGCUUUGAUUAUGAUUUUAAAGAGUUUUGAAGUGGUUGAAAGCGGCACAAUGAUGUACUUACUCUUGAUAAUGAAAGUUAAUGAUUGUUUUCCUGACUUUUCUUUUCAAAAUUAGAAAUGAUACUGAAGCAAUGGAAAGAAUAGCAUAUGAAUUUUGUGAAGACCAGGCAGCAUGUGGUGUCCUGUACUUUGAAGUUCGUUACAGUCCUCAUGCCCUUUGUACAGAAAACUCAGCCUUUCCAGACCAGGAAAGAGUGUCCCCAAAAGCUAUAGUGGAAGCAGUGAAUAGAGGAUUAAAAAAAGGAGCUGAAGAUUUUGAUGUGAUCGCACGUUCUAUUCUCUGUUGUAUGCGUCACCUCCCUGGUAAUGUAUAGAUGACAUUUAAAAGAUUUUAUUCAGCUGGUUAAUUAACACAGAAAUUUAUCAUUGAUAGUGAGUUGUGGCCUUCAACUUCAAUGAGAGGAAGCUAAAAAGCCCUUGAUCUGCAGGAAUCACCUUGCAGUUUGCUAGAACUUUUCUUCUAAGCUUUUUCCCACUUCACCCUCCAUGUGGCAAUUCUCGUUUGUGAUAACCCAAUGUAAGGUUUGUGGGAAUACCUUCCAAUUUUUCUCUGGGUUUGCUGCCAGCUUUCCCCACCUCCUGAACACAUUGAUUGUUAAUAAGGGUUGAAAUGAAUUAAAUUUUAUUUAACAAUGUGUUACUCAAAUUUUAAUGAACUGUUAUCUUAUUGCUAAGUGAGAACAGAUUUAGACAAAUUUACAAACACAUUGAAGUAUCAUAAAAACUAAGAUUACUUUUUGAGAAGAUCAAAUGAAAACACUGGUAGAAAUCAACUUCUUGUAUCAUUAUGAAAUCAAGAACUUGGCAUUUUUAAAUAAACAAGUUUACCAAGUUGUAUGAAAUCUAAACAUCAACAGACAUACAGUCAUUGCCUUAGAAAAGUGGAUGUGUUCUUUAAUGCUAAUUAAUUAUGCAUGUGUGUAAUUAAAUUUGUGUUUGUUUUAAGAUUGUUCAAUGGAGGUUGUGUCCCUCUGCCAGGAAUUUGCAAAUGAGGGAGUGGUAGGAAUUGAUAUUGCUGGUGAUGAGCCGGUGUGGGAAGGACAAGCUAUGGAAGGACAUGUGAUUGCAUAUAAGGUCUCGUUGUGCUUUUCAUCUGUCUGUGGCUAUGGUUAUCAUGAUAUAUCCAGAAAAUAUAUAUAGAUGCGUUAUUGGCCAUGAGGUAAAGGUGGCUGGAUAGUAGCCAAGUUCUUUUUUUCUGUUUUUAUGGACCGAGAUGAAAUGGAGGUUACUAAAAAUGCAAAAGAAGAACAAGGCUGAUGUCCAGCCAAUUCUUGACCCAACAAGCUUGGUAAAUGAAGGAUUUAUUAUAUGGCAAAAGAGAUCUGUCAUUUAGUAAGAAUCAAGACAUGUUUAUUUCAAGAGACAUGAAAGAAAGCCAACUGUGUUUUUAGCACAGUAAACCCACAGGAGUCGUUUUUUUGUUUGUUGACUGUCUCCUGCUGCUUUUUGCAACUCUAUGGCUGAUAUUGUCCAAAAAUUAUAAACUUUGUAUGUCUGCUCCAAGUAAAAUUUUUUAUUGUAUGUGAUCAAAGGGGACAAUCCCAAGCAGGCAAAAUGGGCCAAUCUUGCUUACUUGAGUAGCCAAUCAGAACACAGGAUUUGAUUGAUAUUGCCCAAGAGCACUGCCAGCAAUAUAAUAACUUAGAUUUUAAGAUAUGGGGUUAAAAAAGCAAAAUAUUUGUGAAAUAACAUAAUGUAUAAUAACUUCUGUGUAGUGUGGACUAUAAUAAUUUAGAGGGACAUAAUUCUAUGUAGCACUUGUGGCAACCAAAAAUCUAAUUCAGAAGAUUUCAGGCAGUGUCACCCCAAGACACGUUUAAUGAGGUAUUUAGGACUAUUUUACAGAUUGAGAUUGAAAUGUAAUAGACCAAAGUUUACCUUUACACAAAUCUUUAAUCUUGCAAGCAAUCCACAAACCACAAUUCAUGACCAAUUUCACAAUCAGUCAAUCAAUCAAUUGAACAAUUAUAAACUGAAACAAUAAGAUCUAUCAAUCUAAAGAAAUGCUGCAAAAAACAUAAUAAAAAAUUGCAUGUAAAAAGCUAGGCCUUAACGCCAAUAAGGAGAUUAAAAUGAUGAUAAAACAAUACAAAUAAACCAAUACAUUAACUAUAUUAAAGAACAAAAAUUGUAAGAAUUUGGUGGCUGGUUUAAACAGCCUAUCAUUCUUAUCUAAAUAGUGGGCAUUCAGUUGAAUCUGACACAAUUUUUGCCUUUAAAUCUUGUUUCGAUUCAAAAUACAUCAUAUUAUAACAAAAUAUCUGUUUGUAUACUUUCACCCAAGGCUGCAAAACUAAAUUAGAAAAAACAAAGUUACAAAGUUACUCACAUAUUGGUCCUGCUUGUGCCAAAGGUUUAAAACGAAAAGUCGAAAGUUCAUGAAGACUAAUCAAAAACUUGCGAAGAGCUGAUUAUAGGGACACUAAACUUGCUUUUAUAUGCACGUGGUGACACUGAAAGGUCCAAUUACAAAAACAAAUAGAAACAUAAACAGUCAAACAGAUAACUUGUAACUAUGUUCUUAUCUAGGAUAACAGAAAUAAUUAAACUAAUCAAUAAUCAAUUAAAUAAAAAUGAGCUUUCUGGCUAGUGUCCUUAACAUUCCAUAUUCACAAUCCCUCGAGCUCACUAUUGACCUAUUUCCCUUUUUCUGGUUGAUGGCAUGAUUGGUCUACCCUGUAAAUGUCUUACUGAUAUAGUAGGUUUGCCAUUUAUGAAAGAAAUCUUUUUUUUAUGCAGGAAGCUAAAAGGCUCAAUAUACAUAGAACAGUCCAUGCUGGAGAAGCAGGUCCAGCUGCCAAUGUGAAAAUAGUAAGUAUUGUUAAAACAAAAGUAUUUUAAACCAGAAGUAUGUCACUAUGUUAUCCAUCCAAGAGCUAUUUCCAGAUUCAUUGUAGAAUAUAAAGAAACCAUUUAUUGUUGACCACCUUUCUUAAAUGGUGAGCAUCAAAGUUCUUCCCUUAUUUUCAUGUAAAUACGUCUUCCUUGCCUUAAUGUUAACAUAUCUUAAAAAAAUAAUCUUCAUCACUCAAAAGCAAAGCUAGGAAGCCUAUGUGAACUUCAGAAUCAAUAUGUCAAUGAAGGGCACAAUUACAAGCCGGCACGCAAUUUGUUGGUUUGAAGUGAAAUCAUUACCCUAUUCAUUUUAAGAGCUUACAUCGAUCAUAAGAGUUGCUACAGCAACAUUCUUUUUCUGCCAGCAUUCCAGUGGCAUAGAAGGUCAGACAGAGACCAAUGGGAGAGUUUCUUGAAAGUUAUAAUAGCUUAACAGGCUUAAAGCCAUAUUCUAAACUGUUACUCUAAGGAGAAUAACAGUGCAAGCCUUCGUUUCAUUUUCUGAUAUUUUUAUUGUUUGAAAUUCAAAACUGUUUUAAUUAACAGAUGUUAGUUUUAAUUAGUUAUAGCACAAAUCUAUUUUGAAAUAAAAACAUGACAAAAACAGCUUUGGGAAUUGCAAACCUCUAGACUUUUGAGAAACAAACUGAAUGAAUUGAAUUGCACUGAAUUUGUAAAGUAUAAUUUUCAGUGGUCUUGAGAAAGGUGUAAUGUGCUGGAGAGCUUGUCAGUAGUAGCUGAUGAUUUCCAGCAUCCAUGGUUUGGCCGGAUAUGUUUGCUUGCCUGUCUGACCAUGAGAACUCUGGGUAUGGAAUAGUUUCAAUGCAGGGGUUUUUAAACAUCAUAAGCAACCAUGGAGGACUUUCCUGGUAAGUAACUGUGUUUUCUUCCUUAUUCUUUUUUAGCAAGGAUAAGGCACCGAUGUUAAAGGAUCGAGAAGAAAACACAGUUACUUACCAGGAAAGUCCUCCAUAGCUGCCCACAAUGUUUUUAACAGUUUCAAGACCCCCUGCAUUGAAACUAUUCUGUCCUCGAGUCCCACGUCCCUGAGUCCCACAUCCCCGAGUCCCAUGUCCCAGUCCCCACGUCCCCAUCCCACUUUUAGUCACAACCAUAAUGCAAUGUGAUUCAAAGUGGAGUCAAAGACAUUGAAAAUGCAGGGGAGUGGGCUUUUGGUUUCAUUCUUUCUAUGAGAAGGCAGAAUAUGCAACCAUUUGUAGAUGGUAAGAGGCUUGCAAAGGGGUCAGUAUUAGUGCCAGACCCCAGGAAAACCUUGUCUCCAAUCUUCUCACAGGCAGAGAAACAUGUUUCCUGUAACCCUAGUGAUGAAGGCCUGCUUGCAGGCUAAUAGCAAGGGGUGACCAUCAUGCAGGCACCCCUAAAAUGCCACUCCUAAUUCCCUUGCACGGGAAGUAUUGAGAAUUUGUGUGGUGAUCAAUCAAUCACUAGCAUUCAUUUUACAUUUUGUUUUUGUUGAGGCAUUAGACAUCCUUCAUGCUGAAAGAAUAGGCCAUGGAUAUCAUGUCAUACAAGAUGCUGAACUCUAUCGGAGAACAGUCAAAGAAAGAAUUCACCUAGAGGUUAGAAAAAGAAAUUGCAAUGAAGGCUUUGAAAAUGUGAGUAUUGUUCUUUAAGACAAGAAUUUUCUUUGUUGAUAGGUGUGUCCUACAUCAAGUAUACUAACUGGUGCUGUAAAGCCAUGUUUCAAAACACAUCCACUAAGAAGGUAGGAAGUAAUUUCUUAAAAACAAAUUCUGAACUAGAUUAAAAGUUAAGUAAAGAGAGCUGGUUCAAGAGAUAAAUUGGCUUCAUUUGUUGGGAGUUAAAAUUUUUGCUAAUUGUGAACUCAGCUAAUUUAGAAUAAUAAUAAUAAUAAUAAUAAUAAUAAUAGUAAUAAUGAUAAUAAUGAUCAUUAUUAUUGUUAUUAUUAUUAUUAUUAUUAUUAUUAUUAUUAUUAUAUAAUUAUGCAAAUUUUAUAGUGAGCCUCUGAGUGCUGGGAGAAAAAUAUGUAACCUGCAUAUACUUUCAUAGGGGAUGGGUGACCAUAGAAGCUAUCUGCUGUCCUUCAAACAAGAUUAGCUUUGUUGACACUGACAUUGAAAAUUUAGCUUAUAGUUAUAAGAUGCCACUUCUUAAGUUCUGUAUAGUUAGUCAAUUUAACUUUAUCCUUCAUUAGAAUUGCUUAGUUAUAAAAAAGUUAAUGCCUAUCUGUGUGAAAGUGUUCCUUGUUAUCCUUAGUAAUUAGAAGAUUAAAUUGUUACCAUUAGAGCAAUGUAAAGUGGACCCAAUAAUAUGUAGGUUGUAUUAAAAGGCGUGUUUAACUUAACAGCUUCGAAAUGAUAUCUUUUUGUUAUUGCUACUUUCACUCUUUGUCCAAAAGGAGUAAGAUCCCUUUCACUGGACAAGAUUGUUGCAAAUGUGGCUUUGAGCAAAUAUCCUGUGUUUGUUUUCUAAUUUAGUUUUAUUUAAAUAUUGAGUGUUCUUUGUUUCAAGGUUUGUUGAGGAUGGAGUAAAUUUUUCCAUUAACUCAGAUGAUCCACUUGUUUGCCAAACAAGAGUGGACCUUGAACAAGGCGUUGCUUUUAAUAAAAUUGGACUGACCCCUGCAGAAUUAACCAAAGCGGUAUGUUAUGUUGUCUCUUUCUUGGCUUUUGCAAUGCAAAGCUGCGUGAUAGUUAAGCUACUCUUUCACAAAACAGAGCACUGGAGUUUAGAUUAGGAUGUUUGGGUGCAAUGAAGCCCUACCCUGCACUGAAACUAAAACUAAAACCAAUUACAACUAGGUCAUAUAUGUUUUCCCACAUUUUGCGCGUUAUUUUGUUUUUAUGUGCAUACAUGUAAGUAGGUAAGUGAAUUUCAUUGGCUUUUUAAAGGUAUCUUCCUUUCUUCUGAUUGGCCAUUUAGAUUACUUUGGUUUUGGUUUUACGACAUUCUGUCCAGUCCAGUUGCUUCAUACAAUAAAAAUAAUUUUAAAUUCCAGCCGCGAUGAAUAUUAGCUUAUGGCAAGCUCAUGUUCAGUGGAAAAAAAAUGGGCAGGCGGGAAUGAGCAGGCAAUACAUGUAUGUGAAAUGCACCCUUGCUUGCUGGGCAGAGUAUAAAUGUGUGCAAAAUGCACCCUGGCUUGUUAGGCAGAAUAGACAUGAAUACAAAAUGGACCCUGAGUUGCUGGGUGGAAUAUACAUUUAUGCAAAAUGCACCCUGGCUUGCUGGGCAGAAUAUACAUAUGUGCAAAAAGGACCCUGAGUUGCUGGGUGGAAUAAACAUGUACAAAGUGCAUCCUGGCUUGCUGGGCAGAAUAUACUUAGAUGCAAAAUGCAUCCUGGCUUGCUGGGCAGAUUAUGCAUGUAUGCAAAAUGCACCCUAGCUUGCUGGGCAGAAUAUACAUGUAUGUAAAAUGCUCCCUAGCCUGCUGGGUGGAAUAUACAUGUUCUAUGUAAAAUGCAUCCUGGCUUGCUGGGCAGAAUAUACAUGUAUGCGAAAUGCAUCCUGGCUUGCUGGGAGGAAUAUGCAUUGAUGUAAAAUGCAUCCUGGCUUGCUGGGCAGAUUAUACAUGUACGCAAAAUGCACCCUAGUUAGCUGGGUGGAAUAUACAUGUAUGUAAAAUGCAUCCUGGCUUGCUGGGCAGAAUAUGCAUGUAUGUGAAAUGCAUCCUGGCUAGCUGGGUGGAAUAUUUAUUGAUGCAAAAUGCAUCCUGGCCUGCAGGGAAGAUUAUACGUGUAUGCAAAAUUCACGCUAGCUUGCUGGGCAGAAUAUACAUGUAUGCAAAAUGCAUUCUAGCCUGCUGGGUGGAAUGUACAUGCAUGUAAAAUGCACCCUAGCUUGCUCAUAACAUGUUUUGCCACACUUGCCAUUAGUUUUUUAACUUAUUUUUCUUCCUAAGAAGUGUGUUGAUAUAACAAAGAGGUGCAUACAUGAUAUCAUUUUUUUUUCAGACAUUUAAUGCUGCAAGAUCCGCAUUUCUUCCAGAAAAUGAGAAACGCAAGCUUAUUGAGCAACUGAAAUUAGUCCAUGGAAUAUAUUGA